UGAGACCAAGGGAGAGGCGGAGGCGCUGCAAUCCGUUCACUCUAUUUCCGUCAGUCCUUCAUUUGGGACAGGCUGUGAAGUAGCCUGGUAUCACUGGUACAUCAUCAUAGCGUAAUAGCCUGGGUUUCGACUUCUGCCCUUGGCAUUGCGGAGGCAGCCUGGUACAAGGGAGCCGAUUCUCAGGUGCAGCUGGGGAAUUGACAAUCUUCUAUUUUACGUCGCUGGUAGAAUAGGAGGUUCAGCCAUCCGGAGCGAAAGCCUCCUGAUUGGUUGAAGUGGGGAGGUCAGGUAGAAGUCUGGAAGCCGUUUCUUUAAAACCCCCACCCGGUAUGCCGUGCCUAUAGACGCAAAUCCACUUUCGUGUCUCUAUGUUCAAGACGGCCAAUUACCCUAUGGCGGCGGAUCCCACGCCUACCAUCAUGCAUGGGAGUUGGUUUAACAACACGGGAUACAGGGAAAACAAUAUACCCGUAGUGGUGGAGAAACCGAAGAAGGCGUUUUACCUGGUCAGAAUGAUGUCUCUCAACAACAAUAAGAAAGAACAACAAACCAACCGUCAACAUCAGCAAACCAAUCAUCAGAAUAAUAUGCCCUUCAUGAUUCACUGUCACAUCGGGAAAGAGAUCAAGCACAUUUGCAGCAACUGCAGCCGGGGGAACGAUACCCAGGACGCAGAGGAGGUUGAGAGGCUGUCCGCCAUGCGUUCCGAGUCCCUGGUCCCCGGUACGCACACCCCACCGAUCCGCCGCCGCAGCAAGUUUGCCACUCUGGGCCGUCUCUUCAAACCCUGGAAGUGGAGGAAGAAGAAGAGCGAGAAGUUCAAGCAGACCUCUGCAGGUAUGGGCCCGAGAAGCCAGUCUAGGAGACAGGAGGUGUCGAUUGAAACAGUGGCUGAUUCUACACCAGCAGGAGCAAGAAAUAUUUCUGCGUUGGAAAGGAAGAUGUCCAUAAGGCACAGCAGAGAGGAACUGAUCAAGAGAGGUGUGCUGAAGGAGAUCUUCGAGAAAGCCACAGUGGAAUUCCGGUCCUCGAUGGAUAGUGGAGUCUGCGCUCAGGAGAGCUCUAGUAUGAAGUCGUCCAUGAAAUCUGUUGGUUUCCCCAGCGACGUUCAGGACAACCCAUCCAAACCCCCCGGGUACCACAAACAGCCUCCCGCGCUGCCCCCGAAACCUUUCAACAGGAUCCCCAGCCACACAAUCCCCAACUACAGCACAGACUCUUGCCAGCAGAUGAAGCUGCCUGGUAUGCCAGGCCAGGGAGGGAAGCUCUCUCCUCCACUACCUCCUAAGAAGGUGAUGAUAUGUGUGCCUCCAGGGGGGUUGGACACUUCCUGCUCCUCGCCCUCCCCGCUCAGCAACUUCUCCAAGCAGAAGUGCCCCUCUCAAGGCCACCCCCCCCACCACAGUUCUCUACUCCCCUCGCAGCUCGCAGCCCUGGCCAACCUCCACCAGGGGCUCCUGGGGGGCGGAAACCACCAUAGCUACGGACACACCUACAGCCACAGCCACGGCCACCCUCUCCAGCUGCAGUACGGUUCCAUGCAGGGCCACACCCCCAGCCGCAUCAUUGAGGAGCUUAACAAGACGCUGGCCUUCAAUCUGCAGAGGCUUGAGAACAAUGCAAUGCAUUCCGGUCAGUGUAGUCUGCUGGACAGAACUCAAACGCCCUCUGUGGUCAUCGAUGAGGAUGACAAGGAAAACAUGCCCAAUGAGUCUGAUUACGAGGACCUCCCCAGCAUGUACAAAGACGAGGAGGACGAUGAUGAUGAGGACGAUGACGAAGAUGACGACGAUGACUCACUCUUCACAAGUACACUGGCUCUGAAGGUGCUGAGGAAGGACUCUCUGGCCGUCAAGCUGAGUAACCGGCCAUCCAAGAGAGAGCUGGAGGAGAAGAACAUCCUGCCAGUGCAGACAGACGAGGAGAGACUGGAGUCAAGGCAGCAGAUUGGUACCAAGCUCACACGGCGAUUGAGUCAGCGACCCAGUGCUGAGGAGCUGGAACAGAGGAAUAUCCUGAAACGUGAGUACUCGCGCAAUGAGCAGGAGGAGUUGGAGGAGAAGAGGGAGAUUAAACGACGGCUAACGCGAAAGCUGAGUCAGAGGCCCACAGUGGAGGAGCUGAGACAGGCAAAGAUCCUGAUCCGCUUCAGUGACUACGUGGAGGUGUCUGACGCACCAGAGCAUGACCGGAGGGCAGACAAACCCUGGACUCGCCUCACAGCAGCCGACAAGGCAGCCAUACGGAAGGAACUCAAUGAUUUCAAGAGCAAUGAGAUGGAAGUGCAUGAGUCAAGUCGCCAUUUAACCAGGUUUCACAGACCGUAGACCAUCACUGUCUAUUGGAGCGCCAGACAAAUUGUCUGUUUUCCUUCACUGAGAACCAUAAGUGCUGGACAGUAAAUGGUGCCCGUUUCUACAAUAAGGCCAUGUCUUCUGAUCUGAAAUGCCUUUUCAAUACCCUGCAACUGAGUCGAUCGGUAGCUUCCCCCCAGAGAAACAGUAGAUGGACACCUGAUUUAGUAGCACAUAAUGUAAGCCCCAACUCUCAUCCGACCGUCUUUAACAUGCAUUCUCUCUGUGCGACGGACUAGCUGGCUCCUCCCACACCCUACUGCUGAGCUCUCAGGAAGGCACUCAGUGCUUCGGGGAUGGUGGUAGUGGGAUGGGCUGGUUGGGAUUGGACAUCUGCCAUCUUCAUCAACUGGCUGUCAUGGUACCUCUGCCCCUCCCUCAUGGUGUCACUGUUGGAUGUGAUUGGUCUGUUGCUCCUGGUGGGAGGAGCCUCCACUUCCUAGUGCUCUUUAAAAGGACCGCGUUAACCCAUCUACCUGAUGGACCUUGGGAGAGGUGGACUUCAUUUGGAGAAUGUUAUCCUGGGUCUGUUAAGAUGAACCUAUUGCUGUUUGGAGAUUCAUCUGAAGUGUUUGAAUGGUUAAAGGGAAAAAGAGGUGACCGAUCCAUGAUAAAACACUCCAGAAUAAUGUGCAAUAUAUUUCCUCUGCUCUUCUUGGGUAAUAGCGCCCUCUGGGGCUCACCCUGUGUCAUUACCAUGUAAUUCUACCUUCUGCCCAACCUGCACAGUUCAGCUCCUGCUCAAUCGACAAUGUUGAACUAUUGUUAACUGUGAAUUUGAGAGUGCAUACCAUAGAGCUGGAAAGAGUUAUUUAACCUGUUGGUGGACAUUGCCAUUGAGUGCAUGUGUCUUUUUAAAGCAGUUACCUGGGGGAGACUUCCAACUUGACUGACUGAACGUCCGAUGACCCUGUUGGAGUCAUGUCCAGCCAGGUCAUCAGGAGGGAUCACCCAAAUGCGAAGAAAAUGGAGGGCCUCAAUUGCGCUGCCCUUGUCGUGUCUCAUGUGACCCCCAUAACGAUACGGACACGAGACAUCUUUCCAUUUCUAUGGUGUAGACAACGUUUUGUUUACACUCUCUCCAAAUAUACAUUGUGUUUAUACAGAGUUCUAAAAGUACCAUUUUGAGAGCAUCACGAUUCCGUGCUGUCCAUUUCAUGUUGGGAUCCUGAAAGGGUACAUUUAUUGAAAAACGCAGCUGGCAGAAAAAGCACUGACUGUGUACAUGUUACGGUUGAACAGCUUUUUCUAUACUUUUUACAAGUUUUUGUUUUUAAGUGUCACUUUCAUUUGAAACUGUGGGUUAUGUAGCUUUAGGAGAUACCGCAGGGCUCUAAUGUUGGAAUGUAGAACCCGUCAGAAGAGCUAUACUGCUUUCCAAAAAGGCACAAUAUUUCUUAUAUAGAACACCAUGUUUGACCUUGCCCAAAAGUAGUGCUCUAAAUGGGGAAUAGUGUGCCAUUUAUUAUGGAACCCUUGGCUCACCAUCCAGGGAUACUUUACGGUUUUUAUUAUUUAUUGUUGAGAAUCAAGCUUCUUAUUUUGCACUUUUGUUUAUUAAACUCUGCUAAUGUGGGUGAACUGCACUUUUUUCAGAUUUCUUUCUAUCUAUAUUUAGGAACAAGCAAUAUAAUUUUUUUUGCUAAUUGUCUGAAAGAGUUGUCUGUUUUUGUUUUCUUACUGUGGAUAUAUAAUACCAGAGUAUUUUUAUUUUUUACUUUGCUUGUAAAUGGACUUAAUUUCUUAUUGGGAUUGGAUUCUUAAAUGCCUCCAUUUCGAGUUUUUAAAUGUUUAGCAUUAUUUGUAAAGUUGCAAGAGGAAACUUUUUGGUUGUCAUAAGAUGUAUAUUAGAUAUGGUGAAGAGCCUAAUUGGCCAGCAACUAUGUUUAUGUACCUGCACAUGAAAAUUCACCAACUAAAAGACACUCAUUUUGAGUUCUAAUAGAAGUUCUAAUAGAAGAUGCCCCAAUGAAAUAUAUGAAAACAUUUUGGAACAUAAAAGAUAUCGCACAUAUACAGUACCAGUCAAAGGUUUGGACACACGUACCCAUUCACAUGAAUGGAUAAGUAUGUCUAAACUUUUGUCUGGUACUGUAUUUGGUUAUCAGGUAAUCAUAGGCCAUUCUUUUAUUUAAUAUUUAUUUAGUGUUUGUUAAUUUUUUUUUUACACUGGUUGUUGUCAUUCACAUUAUUGUUCCAGUUUGUCCUCAUUUCAUUGGGGUACCUAUAAGAAGUAGAACCUUCAAGACAUAAUGGGUUAAUGGUUUCUGCUAGAACAAACUUCCUUUUUGAUUCCAGCAUCAUGCCACCCAUAUCAUGUUUGCUUUCAACUUGUUUUGGGCAUUGUGAAGAAUUUUAAAGCUUUGGUCAAUCGAGGUGGCCCCUCUUUGUGUACUUAUUGACAAACCAAUUAACUGCAUAGCAUGAGGGUGGUGUAAUGUUGAAAUCAAGGAAUAUGAAUUCAGCAAUAAACAGUUACAUUUAUGUGGAGAGAAUUGAUUUGAAUAGAAGCUUUUUCCCCCUCUAAUGUGUAAAUAUGAAUUCCUUUCAAUUUACCAUGAGUGUGAAAGAUUGCCAUGUUUCUAUUUAAUGUAAUUGUCUUGCCAUCUGUGUACUAUAAUUUAUUAAACAUGUCUUGUCUGGCAAUAUUACCAUCA